GUGACUUCGGGGAGCGGAAAGUUUGUGUUUAGGGUUCGGUCGCGGGCCCGCCUCUUUUCCAGUCCUUAAAAGUCGGAUGAGCGCCCAAAGAGUUUUAAUCGGCAUCCGCAAGCGAUUGACUGUAAAGUAUUUCAGAUUUACUUUGGCAGAAUGUCGCGAGGUGUUCCUGUACCGUUAAACCUCACUGCAGCCAUGUCGAAAGGUGGGAUAGCCAAGUUUGAGUGCCAGCAACUAGAAAGUGCUAUGGAAAAAGAGCUUGCUCAAUUAUUGGCAACUGCUUCAAAGACUGAGUAUGAUCAAGUGAAGAAAGACUUUGAGGGAUUCCAGAAAUUGUUUCACAGUUUACUACAGCGAAAAGGUCCUUCAGUAGAAUGGGAGAAGAUUCAGAGGGCUCCUGAAGAUUCUAUUCAGUCGUAUGAUAAAAUACAGGCCCGAGGAUUGCCAGAUGAUAUAGCUUCGCUUUUAAGUAAACUGGUAGUGGUGAAGUUGAAUGGAGGACUUGGCACUAGCAUGGGUUGCAAAGGGCCCAAAAGCCUGAUUAGCGUACGUAAUGAGAAUACGUUCCUGGACCUCACAGUACUGCAGAUAGAGCAUUUGAACAGAACGUACAAUGCAGAUGUUCCCCUCGUCUUAAUGAACUCAUUCAACACUGAUGAAGAUACUAAGAAGAUAUUACAGAAAUAUAAUCACUAUGGAGUGAAGAUUCAUACCUUUAACCAAAGCAGGUACCCACGGAUUAAUAGAGAAUCCUUGCUUCCUGUAGCUAAAGAAAUACCUAGUUCUGGGUCUAAUGCAGAGGCCUGGUAUCCACCAGGUCAUGGAGACAUUUAUGCCAGCUUCUACAACUCGGGUCUAUUGGAAAUGUUUCUCCAACAGGGGAAAGAAUAUAUUUUUGUAUCCAAUAUUGAUAAUCUUGGAGCAACUGUUGAUCUGUACAUUCUCCAUCAUCUUUUGAAUCCACCAAAUGGAAGGAAGUGUGAAUUUGUUAUGGAAGUAACUGACAAGACUAGAGCAGAUGUUAAGGGUGGUACCCUUAUUCAAUAUGAUGGAAAGCUGAGACUGCUGGAGAUAGCUCAGGUACCAAAAGCGCAUGUCGAUGAGUUUAAAUCUGUCACUAAGUUCAAGAUCUUCAACACCAAUAACUUGUGGAUUUCUUUGGCUGCAAUUGAAAGGCUACAAAAACAAAAUGGCAUUGACAUGGAAAUCAUUUUAAACCCAAAGAUAUUGGAUGAUGGUCUAAAUGUGAUUCAGCUUGAGACAGCUGUAGGUGCAGCCAUUAAGUGCUUUGAAAAUGCAUUGGGUGUCAAUGUGCCACGUAGUCGCUUCUUGCCUGUCAAGACCACAUCUGAUCUAAUGUUGGUGAUGUCCAACCUUUACAGUCUUAAUGCUGGAUCUUUGACAAUGAGUGACAAAAGAGAGUUCCGAACUGUGCCUCUGGUUAAACUUGGGAGUUCCUUUACUAAGGUACAAGAUUACUUGACCAGGUUGGAGAGUAUACCAGAUAUAAUUGAAUUGGAUCAUCUUACUGUCUCAGGAGAUGUUACUUUUGGGAAGCAUGUUGUAUUAAAGGGAACAGUCAUCAUUAUUGCAAAUCAUGGAGACAGGAUUGACAUACCUCCAGGUGCCAUAUUGGAAAAUAAGAUUGUUUCAGGCAAUUUGAGAAUCUUGGAUCAUUAGAAAGAUGACUCUGAACAGCUGAAAUAAACUACUUAAAUUGUUUUACGUGAUUAGUCACACAGAAAUGCCAAUCAGAGUUAUGUGUAUCUGGUGAGUGUGUAAUAGCUUUGAGUGUGAAAAUGUUGUUCUUCUGGGCAGCUCUUUGCAAACUUGCUUGCCAUUUUAAAACUGUACCUGUUACAGUCUUGUAUUUUAAAUUGUAUAACAACAGCCUGGUAGUAAUUGUAUAUAAGUAUCAAAAUGUGACCCUAAUUUUCCCAUUAAAACUAGCUUUAAAAUAAAGGCCACUUACCAUAGUGGAGCCAAAUUGCAGUUUUCCAUUCAGAGCUUGUAUUUACGUUGUUAGUAAAAUGUAAUAAAGUGCACUUUGAAAAUUG